GUCGCGCCGCCGCUGAGCCCCGCGCGGCCCUGGCAGAGCGGGCGGGCUCUGCCCCAGUCGCCCGUCCCGUGCCUCGCUCGGUGGGCUGUCUUCUUGCCCCGGCACCAGCGGGAGGGCUGGGGGCGGGGAUGGCGGGGGUGCAUCAGCACUUGGCCAGGGGUUUGGAUUGUGAUUGCGUACCACCUCGCCCCUAUCGGCUAC